CGAUCCGGCCGGAAGUUGCACGCUGAGCCGCGGACACCAUGCAGUCGGAUGAUGUUAUCUGGGAUACACUAGGAAACAAGCAAUUUUGUUCCUUCAAAAUAAGAACCAAGACUCAGAGCUUCUGCCGAAAUGAAUAUAGCCUGACUGGACUGUGUAAUCGGUCAUCCUGUCCCCUGGCAAAUAGUCAGUAUGCCACUAUUAAAGAAGAGAAAGGACAGUGCUACUUGUAUAUGAAGGUUAUAGAACGAGCAGCUUUUCCUCGGCGUCUUUGGGAACGGGUCCGGCUUAGUAAAAACUAUGAGAAAGCACUGGAGCAAAUAGAUGAAAAUCUGAUUUACUGGCCCCGUUUCAUUCGACACAAAUGUAAGCAGAGAUUCACCAAGAUCACCCAAUACCUAAUUCGAAUUAGAAAACUUACACUAAAGCGACAGAGGAAACUUGUUCCUUUGAGUAAGAAGGUGGAGCGUAGGGAGAAAAGAAGAGAGGAAAAGGCAUUAAUAGCUGCUCAGCUGGACAAUGCCAUUGAGAAGGAAUUACUGGAGAGACUGAAACAGGAUACGUAUGGCGACAUCUACAACUUCCCCAUUCACGCCUUCGACAAGGCCCUGGAACAACAGGAGGCAGAGAGUGACUCUUCUGAUGCUGAGGAAAAAGAUGAUGAUGAUGAUGAGGAGGAAGAUGUGGGGAAAAGAGAAUUUGUCGAAGAUGAUGAGGUAGAUGAGAGUGACAUAAGUGAUUUUGAGGAUAUGGAUAAACUGGAUGCCAGCAGUGAUGAAGAUCAGGAUGGUAAAUCCUCCAGUGAGGAGGAGGAAGAAAAGGCCCUUAGUGCAAAACACAAAGGCAAAACGCCCUUGAGAGGACCACUGCGGAGAAAACGAGCCUAUGUGGAAAUAGAAUAUGAGCAGGAGACAGAGUCCAUGGCCAAGGCCAAAACCACGUGAUUUCCCUUUCAACAUUUAUACCCAGGACUGAACAUACAGAACUGUUUCUUUUUUU